AAGGAAGAUGCGUUGUGACAACACAGGAAGAAAAGUGGAUGGACUGUUUUCCCGUAAUUCUUGGAUUUGUCUCUCGUCUGCUUGAUGGCUUUUCUCAGGCCGUUUUGUUUUUGUGUGCUUUUCUUCUUGCUAUCAGUAACACAGGUUGAGACACAGAGCCCAGAAUGUUCAGUAGGCAACACUUCGGUGAACAUAAUGGAGAAUAAUGAUCCAGGGUUGGUGGUGACUAACAUUUAUGCUAAUCCUGGCAUCACAGUCACAAUUGAACCUUCUACAGAUGCAAAUUCUCCCUCUGAAUGGUUUGAAAUAAAGGACUCACAGCUCAUCCUGAAAAAGUCUGUGGAUUAUGAGAAGAUAGCGAUCCUUUCGGUGAAACUGUUAUGCUGGGAAGCAGAUUUGCAAGUAAAAGUUGUCACUGUUUACAUUCACAUUGAAAAUGAAAACGAUAAUGAACCUGUGUUCAAGCAAACUAACAUCACCGUUGAUAUUCCUGAGGAUACAAAAGUGAACACAACUGUCGUACCUCUGGCAGACGUAACUGCUACUGAUGCUGAUCUUAAUACAGUGUCCUACAGCCUUGAAGGAAGUCCAACAGAAGCAAUGAACUAUUUCAAUAUACGAGGAAUUAACAACCCACAAAUUUACUUGCGUAAAGCCCUGGAUUAUGAAGCAAUUAAUUUUAUGAGAUUUACUUUAAGGGCCAUGGAUGGAAGUGCUGAUGCGGCAGGGACACACACAGCCACAGCCACAAUAUCCAUAUGGAUUGUCCAGUCUGAUCUCAAACCCCCCUGGUUUCAGCCAUGUACUGCCAUUGGAGGCCUCCACAAAGUGUGCAUCAGUCUUGGCUACACCAGCAAAGUCAAUCUUUCAGAAGAAGUGAAUGGGCCACUGAUCUUGGAGCCAGGACCCCUCUACGCUAUUGAUGGGGAUAAAAGUUUGAAUGAAAAAAUAAUAUAUGAAAUUGCUGCUGGAAAUGAUAAUGACACAUUCAAAAUAAACAGAGAUUCUGGAAACAUAACGAUGACCCAGCCUGCAAAUUCCCUGAAGACAUUCAUGUUAUAUAUUGUGGCUUCCCAGGAAAACAAUCCAUUCAGAUACUCUCAGACUACAGUGAAAAUUGAUGUUGUACGGAAAAAUGACAAACAGCCCUAUUUUGAGGAAGCCAUUUAUCUGGGACGAGUGUCUGAGGCCCAGCCUGCCAAGACAUUGAUCAUGAAAGCCAACACAUCGUCAGAACCCCUGCAGAUCUUUGCAGCAGAUGACGACUUCUUGCCAGAUAAGAUCAAUCCAGAUAUCAAAUACAGAAUACAAAACAGUUCAGAUUUCAGAGUUACUGCAGAAGGAUUUAUCCAAACCACCAAGAUUCUGAAUGUAUCAUCUCAUAUUAUCCUUCUGGCCAUUGCUACUGACAUCAGUACCCUGGAAGAAGCAAGCACGCAUAUCUCAAUAGAUGUCACACCUUUGGCGACUCCAACUGUUCCACCUGUAACUACCACUGCCUUCACUGAAACCUCUCCUACCAGCCUAGGGGAAGGGAACACUAGUCCCAAGACAUCCACUUUGCCACCUGGAAUAAGUAGUCCUAAACCUUCUGGAUCCACAAAGACCAUGUCACCUUUUUCAAGUACAACUGGGAAGGAUAACCUUACAGAGAUUACAAGAAACCCUGUGACUGCUUCUGUAUCUGGCUCAGUUAUUCCACCUUUUGUAACUACACUAAAACCUCCUGUCAUCCCAGGUAAUUCUACACAGUUUCUGACCACUAGUUCUCCUGUAACAGAGAGAAGCCAACGGACAGUGGAAUCCAUCACGAUCUCCAGCCCCACCACCGCUCAAGCAACUCCUCAGACUGGAGCCUCCAAGCCAACCCCACCAGGUAAUUUUAUAACAAGUGGUGGGAGUGCCCAGUCAUCAACUUCUUCCAAAAUUGAAACCACGAAGACUCCCAUUACAAGCUCAGUACCAGAUGGUGAUAGACAGUCUACUACUCCUUUACCUGGAAUCAUUCAGCCUUCCACAACAGUUAUUUCUACGACAAAAAAUAACUAUGUUUCUUCUGCUUCAUUAUCUUCCACAAUUGCAACAAGCACACUUUCUGUAGCAAAUACUUCUGCAACAAGCCUCACAUCUAAGUCUAGUAGAUCAACUUCUAGUACUUCAACUUCAACUUCUAUGUUUUCUACAAUGCCUAUUAUUGAAGAUGCAAUAAGUCCAUCAGCAAAUGAAUCUCCUACCACAGUAGGACCUUCCACACCUAAUUCAGAAGGACUCUACAGUGUAGAAGACAUGGCUGCUCUGGGAGCCACCCUGGGGACCUUAUUGGCGAUUGCACUAGCCUUGCUUGCACUGAUCUCCUGCAAGUAUUACAAAUUUAAAAAAGAACUUGAAAAAGAGAAUUCACAGCUUACAAAAAGCUUUUCUAAUGACAACUUCCAGGAUGACAAGAACUCUAACUCAGAUGGAAACGAUGAUGAAUCACCUGCAAGCCUUAUGUCCAAGAGUUAUGCAGAGAAGGAACCAGAAAACAAGAAAACACAGUCAACUCAUAAAGCAAUCCAGGAAGAAAUUGAUAUAAACAGUGAAAAGGAAGUGAGAUCCAUCCUCACAAAGGACAGGAAAACGGAAGAUGACGGCUACAAGGCAGUGUGGUUUAAAGAAGAUGUUACAGAAGCUGAGAAUGAUGAUGUGAUCAUUGAAGAGGACAGUGACCUAGAGCCGAACAUGUUUGGGAGUGAGAGUGACACUUCUGCUGAGAACGAUGACGACCAUGUUGAUACCGAUAGUGGCAGAGGGGACAGCGACGUAAAUAUUAGAGUGAGAAGUGCACAGGUCUUUGAUGGGAAUCCUUCUGCCAGCCAAUCUCUUGAAGAAGCAGAAGAACGAGACGAUGCUUUGUAAAAGAAAGCAGCUUUUCAAAGAUAUUGUAAGAAGAUCGGAUUUGGAGAAGGAUUUGCCAGGGAAGUAGGGUUCUAUGCCCAUUUGCUUAACUGAAGGAUUAACACAGGAUCCAAUCUGGAGCAACCACUGGGACCAGAGGUUUAGUCCAAAAGCUCAGAAAACUGAACCUCUGGUCCCACUGACUGACCCAGUUUGCAUCCUGCAACAUUAUUCUGGAACACGUACAUUUGCCUUCUUUCAGAGCUUUAUUGUAAAGCAAAAGUAACUUAGUAUUACUUAUGAGUUUGUACCUGAUGUUUAUUUGCAUUAGAACAGCCAGUGGGGCACACAUAAUCUCCCAGACUGGGCUGGAUUCCAUCUUCAGUCAGCAACAGGAAGCGUGGCCAAUGGGAUCCAGUCUCACAAAA